CCUGCCCAGCCCCGGCUGCCGAGCGCCCGGGGCCGGUGCGGAGCGAGCCGUCUUUCCUCCUCUCCUUGUCCCAGCUGCCUUGUGGUGCUGCCAGUGCCUGCCUGCCUGGCAAGUCAGAGCAUGUCUGGACCCUGUGGAUGAGAUGCAGAAGAUGGCAGAGCUGCUGGGGCUCAGGGAUGAGUGUGGGGAGGGGACUUCAGGGGCUCCUGCCCUCGCUGGCUCCUGCCUUGCAGACAACAGACUGAACCUGGAUGUUUAUCCUGACGGCUGCCUCCGUUUCCUCCAGCUGUUCAAGGAGCAACAGGGAGAGGUGGUCCAGGUGGAGUUCCUCCGGCUCAGCAGCAACGAUUGCCUCCUUGACACCACACUGGGCAGCCUUCCUCAUCUGAAGCACCUGAAAUCCCUUGUGCUUAAAGGUGGCCAUGCUAGGGAUGAGUUUGGUUCCUGUCAGCAUGGGUCCCUGACAAGCUUGCCACCAGAUUUUGGGAACCUCAGCUGUCUCACUCACCUGGAUCUCAGCUUCAACAGACUCUCCACCUUGCCCAGCUGCAUUCUCCACCUCCCCAGCCUCAGUGUGCUCCUGGUGAGCCACAACAGCCUGGUGACACUUCCUGAGGACUUUGGCCGUCUGAGCAAACUGACUUUCUUCUCUGCAAUGAAAAAUCAGCUCAAAGACUUACCUCAGAGCAUUGGGGAGCUGUCAAUGCUGCAGGACCUGGAUGUCUCAGAAAAUGCUUUGGAAUUGCUCCCUGAAGAAGUUGGGAAUCUGCACAACUGCACAGAGCUGGAUCUCUCUGGGAAUCGCUUAUUGAGCAUCCCUGACUCCCUAGCCAAUUUGAAGUCUCUGCGUCGGCUGCAUCUCCACAGCAAUCUCCUGGUGACAGUCCCUGCCUCACUUGCCAGCCUGCCCAACUUGUCCAGACUUGAUCUGCAGAACAACUGCCUCCGUGCUAUCCCUGCUGAGAUCCAGACCUUGCCAUUCGUUCACAUCCGAGGCAAUCCCUUGGGAGAAACUGAGCCAUCCCCGCAGGCUGAUAAAUCCGGUACCAGAAGGCUAAAAAGACUCUUCCUUGCAUCAGGAGAGGGCAGCUUUACUGUGACCUCUGAAGGCUGCAGAGUGGUCCUGGCCUGUGGCAUCCAUUUCUACUUUCCGCCGGGGGCUGCCUCUGAUCCCCUGCACAUCCACUUCCGAUCCCUCCCACCGGAUCCUCAGUGGGUAAAGCUGAGACACCACGAUGUCCUGCUGAGCAGAGUCCUGGAGCUGCAGCCUCAUGGGGUCCAAUUCCAGCAGGAGGUGCAGAUCUGGAUGCCGUAUACUUCACCUCAAACCCCUCACCAGCAUGAGGUGGUAGUUCGCACCUUCAGUGGGCAGAGCUGGAGUGAUCUGAAAACAAGAGUGAAGUGGAAGAGAAAAUCAAAGAAGUGUGUGGCCCACUGUUGUGUCCUUCACUUCUCUUGGUUCCUUGUUGUGUCGCGACUUGUGCAAAAUGAAUGCAGAGUGCCAGCAGAGGGGACAUUGCUCUUUUCCAGUGUGGAUCCAAAUAUCAAAGUGAUCUUUCCUCCUGGAGUCACCAAAGAGCCUCGUAGUGUCAAGCUGCAGGUGCUGCCAGUCUCUGCAGAAGACAUACAGGAAAUCACAGCCAAUGCAGGGUGCAGAGCCAGUCCCCUGCUCUACCUCUCCCAGGACUCCACAGUGGAUUUUCUCAAGCCAGUGAGAAUUCAGCUGCCUCUUCCACCUGGGAUCACAGGGCUAAAUUUGGAUCAGUCAAGGCUGCAUAUUCUCCAUGGUGACCUGGAGGGCCAAACCUGGAAUGACAUUACCAGUGAGGUGAUGCUGGAAUUCACCCAUCUUUAUGCAGUGUUUGAAGUCACUCACUUCUCCUGGUACUGGCUGUGGUACACCACCAAGACCUACAUUGGAGGCAUUGCCAAGAAGGUCUAUGAGCGGCUGCGCCUGUACCAGGUGAACUUCAUUGCACUGCAGAGGAAGAAGGAUCCCGAGCAAGUCCUGCUACAGUGUGUCCCCAAGCACAAGGUUGACCCAGUGCUGAAGAAGCUGCAGGACCGCUAUCGAGGACCUGAGCCAUCCGACAUGGUGGAGAUGUUUGAGGGGGAGCAAUUUUUUGCAGCUUUUGAGCGAGGCAUCAGCAUUGAUAUGGAUCGCCCUGACUGUGUGGGUGGACGUCUCUCAUUUAUUUUUUACUCCCACUUGAAGAACAUGAAGGAAAUCUAUGUGACCUCCCCUGUGGACAGAAAAGGCCAAGCUGUCAAAGGCCAGGUCUCUUUCUACCGAGGGGCAGUUCCAGACAGCAUCCCUGAAGAUGCCAGCAGGAGGAGAAAAGGUCCAGACUCCCUCUGGCUUGCUACUCUGCCCAUCAAACUGCCUCAACUGAAACCCCGCUGGGAUGAGAACCCAGGUCCCCUGUAUGGCUUCUCCUUCCCUCCCUUGAACCUGGGCAACGCUGAGACUGGGUACCUGACACAGGCAAACCUGCUGAGCAUUGCCAGACGCGUGGGAGCCGACUGGCAGAGCAUCGGCCUCAACCUGGGCCUGACCUACCAGCAGAUUGAGCGCAUAGGAUACAAUAACAGAGAGGACCUCAAUAAGCAGAUCCUGGACAUGCUUUUCUCGUGGGCUCAGCAGAACUCAGAGGAUCCUGGCUGUGUGAGCAAGCUGAUUACAGCCAUGAAGGAGAGUGGCCGCCAGGACAUCGCUGAUGAGGUGGAAGCCAUCAUUGAGCUGGGGCGGCAGAAAUACAGCGAGUCCAUCCGCAGGGUGGGGCUGGAGCAGGAGAGCAGCACUGAGGACUCUGCAAUAGCCAUGAUGUAGCACCCAGCAG